AUCAGUCAUGUCCUUUGUGUUUGAUGCCCCUCCCAACUGAGCCAAGGCAUAAGCCACCCAUAAUCAGCGAAGGGAAAUGCAGCUUGAAUAUUCUCACAUUCUGUCCUCAUUUUUCUCAAUAUUUCUUCAGGGAAGCUUGGCGUUUCUAGCGGAGUCAAAUAUUUUGAAGCCGAUCUUAGUGAGAUCAGCUGGUGUCGGGUGUGAACAAAGUUCUGCUACUGCGCUCCGGCAUUGCGGAUGAGGGAAAGUAUAAAUCCAAGCAAUAAAAAAGACAAAAAAUUAUUUCGAACCACACGAUAAAAGAGGAUGCACCUCAAAUACUAAGACUAUUUAAAGAAAAUCACAUGCAGUUGGUAAAAAGUAAGGAAAAACACAGAAAAGACAAGACUUAGACAGAGCGAUCGAAACGUGCUCACGCCUGUAAGGAAGUAAUAGUGAGGAGCAUUAGGGAAGUAUGAAAGAAAGAUGUAUAUUUAUUUUGUGUUGGAAGCUGGAGGAUCAGAGAGAUGACUGAAUGCUCUGUUAACGUUUUACAUGUCGUGUAAGAGGGUGUGAGGGAGGUAGGAUACAGUAGAUGGCGGUAGUGUAACUUUAAGGAUGCGAGUCGCCGUAAAACACUAAAGAAGAAGAAGGUGAACACCACCGAAGAAGAAAAAGACCAGGCGGAAAUCUGAGAUCUGUUGUCUUUGUUCUGUUCUUAGAGCAGAGAGCUGCUGGAUUCAAGGAACCGAGACGAAAAUGGAUCAGUACAAAUUGGAAAUAAAAGAAGAGGACGUGGACGUCUAUCUAGAACAGAAGCAGAGCGAUACGGAGCAGCAGGACCCGAGUUAACCGAACAGGACAGGUCCAUCAGUGGAAUAAAGGAGGAACGGCAAUACCCGAGUUUAACCGAGCAGGACCGGUCCACUAGUGCAAUAAAGAAGGAGGAACAGGACCCGAGUUUAAAUGAGCAGGACCGGUCCAUUAGCGAAGCUGAGGAGGAGCAGCAGGACCCGUGACCACGCUGGUCCCACAGAUCAACAGGAACACAGAGGACGAAGAGCUUUAAGGCUGUAUCUCCGUCAGCAAUGUAGCCAGGCCUUUACCAGACCACCAGAGCCUUAUUCAUGUGAACAGUGUGGAAAAGCAUUCUCUCGGCAGUGUAAUUUACGGGCACACCAAUGUGUUCACACUGGAGAAAAACCCUAUUCAUGUGAGCAGUGUGGAAAAGCAUUCUCUCAACAAAGGACUUUAUGGGUACACAGACGCAUUCACACUGGAGGGAAACCUCAUUCAUGUGAAGAGUGUGGGGAAGCAUUUUCUCAUCACAGUGUUUUACUAACUCACAAACGCAUUCACACUGGAGAGAAACCCUAUUCAUGUGAACAGUGUGGAAAAGCAUUCUCUCAUCCUGGUCAUCUACAGGCACACCGACGCAUUCACACUGGAGAGAAACCAUAUUCAUGUGAGCAGUGUGGAAAUGUAUUCUCUCAACAAAGUACUUUACAAGUACACAGACGCAUUCACACUGGAGAGAAACCCUAUUCAUGUGAACAGUGUGGAAAAGCAUUCUCUCAUCCUGGUCACCUACAGGUACACAGACGCAUUCACACUGGAGAGAAACCUUAUUCAUGUGAACAGUGUGGAAAAGCAUUCUCUCGACACAGUCAUUUACAGGCACACCAAAGUGUUCACACUGGAGAAAAACCUCAUUUAUGUGAACAGUGUGGAAAAGCAUUUUCUCAUCACAGUGUUUUAGAAAGACACAAACGCAUUCACACUGGAGAGAAACCCUAUUCAUGUGAACAGUGUGGAAAAGCGUUCUCUCAACACAGUGGUUUACGGGCACACAAACGCAUUCACACUGGAGAGAAACCUUAUUCAUGUGAACAGUGUGGAAAAGUAUUCUCUCGACACAGUCAUUUACAGGCACACCAACAUGUUCACACUGGAGAAAAACCGUAUUCCUGUGAACAAUGUGGAAAAGCAUUUUCUCAUCACAGUGUUUUACUAAGUCACAAACGCAUUCACACUGGAGAGAAACCUUAUUCAUGUGAACAGUGUGGAAAAGCAUUCUUUCGACACCAUCAUUUACAGGCACACAAACGCAUUCACACUGGAGAGAAACCUUAUUCAUGUGAACAGUGUGGAAAAGUAUUCUCUCGACACAGUCAUUUACAGGCACACCAACAUGUUCACACUGGAGAAAAACCGUAUUCAUGUGAACAAUGUGGAAAAGCAUUUUCUCAUCACAGUGUUUUACUAAGUCACAAACGCAUUCACACUGGAGAGAAACCUUAUUCAUGUGAACAGUGUGGAAAAGCAUUCUUUCGACACCAUCAUUUACAGGCACACAAACGUGUUCACACUGGAGAGAAACCUGAUUCAUGUGUACAGUGUGGAUAAGCAUUCGCUCAACACAGUGGUUUACGGGAACACCAAUGCGAUCACACAGGGGACGAACCUUAUUCACGUGAACAGUGAGGGAAAGCGUUCUCUCACAACAGUAAUUUGCUCAAACAUUGUGUUCACACUGGAGAGUGCAGAGAAGCAUUUUUGCACCUCAAUGACAAACCAAGUGUUCACGCUGGCCAAAGAUCCUAUUUAUGCGAAAAACUUUUUUUUUUAUCUGCCCAACUUGACAGAGCACCCGCAAAUUCACACAACAAAUUAACAAAUGUUAACGUGUCAUAUGAAUGUUCCAGAAUGUCUAAAAAGGUGUCUGAUCGGGCAUAUCUUUGCAAGAACUGACUUUGGCCAAUGGGGCGUCAUUUAACUCGUUCGAAUCUAUGCAAUUGGCCGAAAAACUUGAACACGUGAUUGAAAAGACUAGGUUGAUAGGUUGAUGCUUGUUUGUCCAUGUGUUGCAAUGGACUGGCGACCUGUCCAGGAUGUACCCUGUUUAAUCCCCCGUAUGGGAAGAUGGAUGGAAUAUGUUAGUUUGCCUGUUUAAAGCGAUGUGGGUAUAGAUUUCUACAAAAUAACGUGAGCCCAGCAUCUUAGCACUCUUGUUCUCGAAGCAGUCCAAGAUGAAAUUAAGUCCACAUACAUACAAACGCUGAGGUGUGUGGCUGUGGCAGUGUUGCCUUCGUUGGUCCUUUGUAAAAUAAAAGUAAUCCACAACAUUUGCCAUUUACCAUUGUAACAAGUACAACAAAACUGAGAAGAGGGUGCUGCGUCUGUGUGCCCUGCCACUCCUGAAGUAAGUUAAGCAAGUAGCAAUACAAUCGGAACAAUACUGCAGAAAUGCCCAAAACAUAUGAUACAAACAAUAUUAGAGUAGGCACAGUACAAGUGGAAACUUGCUGGUAUUUUUUUAUGAACUUUUCAGGCUCGGGGGGUAGAUAAAGGUCAGAGAGCAGAUGGUGAGACUGGUCUUGGAGGGGAGGUGGUGUAUCUGCUUAGGUAUAAUGAAUGUCUAUAGUUGUAUGACCGAGGCUGACCAAGAUGUUUACAGAUCAGUUUGUCCUUGAAGGGAGCCACAAUAAGGGGAAGACAGUAGGAGCACAGCAGGUGAGCUAGAUUCAACCCGGGAAGGGGAGAAGGAUUUAAUUGAAAUUAAUCCAGUGAAUGUAAAGCAUUUGGAUCUAUGACUUCUUUGUCAUAAAGCUCUGUCUGCUAAUGAUCUUGAUCAGGUGUGUCAGUUGGCUUUUCCAGCUUGUCAUUGACUGAACACACGUGGUUAAGGUAAUCAGCAGGAGUUGGGGCAUAGAGAGUUGAAAAAACAGCAGGGACAGCGACCCUCGAUGGAACCGGUUUGAGAGAGGAUGGAGAGAAACAUGCAGUAAAUGGGAGGGGGGUGUAAAGAAUGUGGAAAAGUGAAAUUAUGGGCUAUUUAUAUGGUGUCCAUAAGUAAAAGGUGUUUGUCAAUUAGGCAAAAUUAAUAUAGUUUAAGUCUGUAUUAGUGCAAAUUAACUGUUUUGCUGCAAAUAACCUGGCCCAGAGUAUUGACACAAAAGUAGAUAAGUGAAAUUCUGUGAGUGGACAAGCAAAACUAAAUGUCGAGAAAUUUGAGCACCAUACAGUAGAGCAGUUUGGCAGACAGAUCUCUUUUCUUCCUGCCUAUGGUGCAGUGGUUGUCUGUCAGUGAAGAUGGAAAAAGGAGUUCAUGUGUGUGUCUGGUUGAAGCGAGAGGUUUCUGUUACUCUAGUACACACACUCUGGAAAAAAAAGUGCAUCUGGUUGCAAAGUGACAACUUUCUGUACUGUGAUUGGAGGAGGUUGAAGGUUGAACUGCUCACUCUUUAUUCGUAGACCACAUUUCCUCUGCUUCUUUUAGAGAGAAGGGAAUUGUAUUGUAACGCGGUUUCCGAAAUUGGCUCACAGCUGUGUAAUGAAAAGGUUGUUUCUUUCUUAUUCUAUACUGUUACCAUACAGUUUGUGCCUUGUUGAUUAGAUUGAAUGUUCCCAUGUAGGCUAUUAAUCUCUUUUGUCUUGUCGUACAUCAGUUUUAUGUAUCUGACAAGCUUGUUUGACUGUUCCAUGGUUGUCUCUGCCUGGCCCUCCUUGGAUCUGGCUGCUAUCUGACUCCCAAAACCAAGGCAGAGGAGCUGUGUCUCUCUUUGUCUGUAGACGUUUAUGGCCCCUUCACUCUGAGACGCCAGUGGUACCAGGUGGAAAAAUGGAAACAUGUCCACAGGGAUAAAGUUGUACCUGCAAUUUGAUUGGACUAAAGAGACAUUCCACUCUGCCAGAUAAAGGGACGAAAAGGUGAAACAACUUGAUGAUUAUGUGAUCUUUACCUCCAUGGUGUAUGUUCUGAUCUCCCCAGAUGGUUUUUGAUUUGCUUUGCCCAUUAUCUUUUACUUUUCUUUGUUAUUACAAUAAAUUACACAAAAAACAACUCUCUCAUCAAUAUUUAUUAUAUAAAUUAUUAUUAGGCCAGUUGCUCAGAGGCCAAAACAAGAACGUCUUACUACAAUUUAACAGUUAUAUUAUUUAUGACUAUAGGUCAUAAAGAUAAGGAACUUAGAUUAUUAGUGGACGGUGAUUGAGAUGAUUUUAGAUACACAUAUAAUUAAGAGUUUGAAAUCAUAUGUAAAUUAAAGGUACAUAAUAAAAGAUGG